GUCACAUCCUGGAACCUCGACUGUACAACCUGAGAGAUUCAGUGUGGCGUUACACAAAAGAAAUACCAGCAAACAAACGUUUAUCUGCUUUCAUUUGAUUAAAGGUAAACUAUCCUUGACCCAAGAUGUCGUACAUGCUUCCUCACCUCCACAACGGUUGGCAGGUGGACCAGGCCAUUUUAUCUGAAGAGGAUCGUGUGCUUGUUAUCCGGUUUGGCCAUGACUGGGAUCCUACAUGCAUGAAAAUGGAUGAAGUUUUGUACAGCAUUGCUGAAAAGGUCAAGAAUUUUGCCGUGAUUUACCUGGUCGAUAUCACUGAAGUACCAGAUUUCAACAAGAUGUACGAGUUGUACGACCCCUGUACAGUCAUGUUCUUCUUCAGGAACAAACACAUCAUGAUUGACUUGGGCACGGGUAACAAUAACAAGAUCAACUGGACAAUGGAGGACAAACAGGAGAUGAUAGACAUUAUUGAGACCGUCUACAGGGGAGCACGGAAAGGAAGAGGUCUCGUGGUGUCCCCUAAAGACUACUCGACUAAAUACAGAUACUAACUUUUUUUUUUUAAUAUAUAUACAUAUUUUCUUACUUUUAAACAUGACAUUAUCCAGGACGGACACCUCACUGGGACAGUUUCAUUUCAUAUGAAUGGAUACAGACGUGACCUGAAGCAACUUUUUUUUUUAAUUAUUAUUAUUUAAGGACAUUUUUCUUUAUUGCAUAUAUGAUCAGGAAAAUGUGUGACCCAUGUCAGUUUAUUGUUGUGGUAUUUUUAUUUUUGUCAACGUUGUGAAUAAAUGUUUUUAGAGAAA